AAUACUGAAUUGGGGAGUUCAUUGAUUGAUUAUAUCAUCGUUAUGGUGAUCAACCAAAAAAACAAAUAUGAAAUGAAGCAUAAUCUUGCCUUGUUUUUGGGAAAAAUUUCCGAUGAUUUUGUCAACUGGUUAUUUGAACAUCUAUCAAAGUUAAAACAAUCGAAUCAUGAUUCUAGUAUUGAUCUGAAUAUUGAUAAACAGAAAAAAAGGGAUUCAAAGAGUAAAAAUAGUAACAAAGAAUUGGGCAAAAAAGGAAACAAAGAAGAUAAGAAUGAAUCGAAAGAAAAUGAUCAUAAAUCAAGUGAAAUGGAUAGCAAGAAAGCGAACGUGAAAAGUGAAACGAAUAAAAGGAAAAUAGCUAAUAAAAUAACAGAUGCUGAUGAACCAUCGAAACGAAUACCGAAGAAAAAAUUAAAAUCUGCUGUUGUCAAUCUUGUUAACAAUGAAGAAAACCAAGAGAAUGAUGAGAAUGAGAAUCAAAAAUCUCGUCCCGCAUUACGUAAACGUGCUGUGUCUAAUAAUAUCAUCAAAAGUAAUUCGGAAAAAUAUCCACCCAAUAACAAGGAACAACGUUCAAUUUCGGAAGAUGAAAUUGAUGAUGAUUCAAUAUUGAAAGAAAAUAAAAAAUCCAUUUCAUAUGAAACUGUUGUUACAAAGCCAACCCUCAUUGAUAACAAUAAAGAAAUGCAGACAAAAUUCUUUGUAACAUUAGAUGGUGUGAAAAAUAUGUUCAAAGUAGAUGAUGAUCUCUUUUUGAUGGAUGAAGAACUUGAUCCUGAACUUAUGAAUGAAGAUCUUCCGAAUAUCGAUCAAUUAUCAAUGAACAAAAAAGAAAAAUUUUCCGUUGCAGAUAUUGGUUCGAAUAAAUUCGAACGUUGUCGGUAUUGGCCAUCCUGUAUGAAUGGUAAUAAAUGUGAUUACCAUCAUCCAUUCAUCAAAUGCAAUAUGUUUCCUCAAUGUCGUUUUGGUGACAAAUGUCUUUACAUACAUCCGAUAUGCAAAUAUGAUUCCGUUUGUUCUCGGAAAGAUUGCCCAUUUUUCCAUACGUUUACAGCUAACAUUAAACGCUGCCAAUUGAUGAUGAACCCGAAUAAUAAUAAUGUUACAUGUAAAUAUUUUCCAAAAUGUGCAAAUCCAAAUUGUGAAUUUAUUCAUCCAAAGAUUGUUUGCCAUUAUGGAUCAGCUUGUAAAACAUUCAAUUGUUCAUAUGUUCAUCCUGAUCAUCAGAAUCAUAUACCUCACCCAUCACAAUUCAAAUGGUCUUCAUCGAAUGGCAGAAAUGACAAUAACAGUAAUAUACUUACAAAUAAACAAAGACAAAGAAAACAAAUUGAAAUUUCAAGCCGACCAUUUGGAUGUUGAUUAUUUUUAGAAAAAAAGAAAAAAAAAUCUAUUUUUCUACAUAUAAUAUGAACAUAUUCUGUGUCUAUAUUAUAUUUCAUAAUGAUGAUGAUGAAAAUAAAAUUAAAUCCUAAUUUUAAUUUUCA